CAUGAACCUCGUAAAAUCUACGAAUUCAAUGGACAUUCUCGUCUUCUUGGCAGAAGUCACAAUUUGGCUGCCUUUCUUCUCUUCCCACUUUCCACCUCUUCUGGCAUUGAAUACAAUACAAUAAUAUUAUUGUAGGACUGUUACUCCACAAGGUCCACGUAAAACCCAUCUGCCAUUUGAAUUCUGGCAGCAAACUGUUGUAAACCGUGGAUCAGUCGUCGUCCCCGUAUAUUACUUCCCUCCUAAAUUUUCUUCCCGUAUAAUAAUAAUAUUACUUCCCUGGUCAUCAGAAACAUUAUCUAAAGAUUUUACGAAAUUUUCUUCCCGUGAUCGGUUAGGCUAAACCAAUCCAAAACUGUACAGUCGAGCCAGCAGAAUUGCAUUCCCUAACCCUUUUGGCUUCCUUCUGAAAAUCGCAGGGUUUAUUGACGACAAUGGCGAAAGGAAGAUUUAGUCGGCAGCAGCAUCCAGGGAAACGGACGUCGACGGUGGCGUUGGUUCUUUCGAUGCUUCUAAUGUUAACAAUCGUGCUAUUAAUGCUUCUGGCUCUCGGCAUUUUUUCUCUCCCUCUCGGCUCCGACGAUGGACCCUACCCUGUCUAUGACCGCAUCAAGUUCAAGCGCGUCGCUCUCGACAUCGGUGAGGGAGAAGGCUUGGGGAAAAGAGGCGAACAAUGGACGGAGGUGCUCUCUUGGGAGCCUAGGGCUUUUAUUUAUCACAAUUUCUUGUCUAAGGAAGAAUGCGAGUAUCUAAUUGAUCUUGCCAGACCUCACAUGGUUAAAUCAACAGUCGUGGAUAGCAAAACUGGUCAGAGUAAAGAUAGCAGGGUGCGUACAAGUUCUGGAAUGUUUAUGAGGAGGGGAGGGGAUAAAGUCAUCAGAAACAUCGAGAAAAGGAUAGCAGACUACACCUUCAUUCCUGUAGACCAUGGAGAAGGCCUUCAAGUUCUUCACUAUGAAGUUGGGCAAAAGUAUGAACCUCACUAUGAUUACUUCCUUGACAAAUACAACACAAAAAAUGGCGGCCAACGUAUAGCUACACUUUUGAUGUAUCUAUCAGAUGUCGAAGAAGGUGGAGAGACAGUUUUUCCUGCUUCAACAGGGAAUUUUAGCACCGCUCCAGGGUGGAAUGAGAUGUCAGAAUGUGCAAAAAGGGGACUUUCUGUGAAACCGAAAAUGGGUGCUGCUUUGCUUUUCUGGAGUAUGAGACCAGAUGCCACUUUGGAUCCAUCAAGUUUGCAUGGUGGUUGCCCUGUGAUUAGAGGUAACAAGUGGUCAUCUACGAAGUGGAUGCAUGUUGAGGAAUAUAAAGUCUAGAUGUAUUUUUUAAAGCAUUUUUUUGAAGAUACACAAAGAUGAUAAUAGUGGAUUUUGACUCUAAUUCAAAUUGAAGGAUGGUGUCUCUUAAGCUACAAUGCUACCUUUACUGCUGACAUGAUGCUUCGUUUUCUGAAAAGGCUUCCUGCUUUUUCUUGCCAGCAACCGGGUGCAGGUGGUUCCUAGUCUUGUUUUUGAUGAAAUAAAACCAUUUUCUUGUGCGCUUGGCAACCUGUAUGUAUAAAGUUGACAUAGAUUGGUUACUACACUAGUAUACGCGGCAAUGACUUGAGAGCUAACUGUCAAAUUGUAACUUCGGAGGUGCAAUUUUUGAUUAUCAGAUGGUGGAUUGGUGGUGGCUGGCUCAGAUUUACUUUAGUGUUCGUUAUUCAUUUCAUUUUUGGAGUAAUGAAAAGCUGAUGUUCAUAAUU